AUGGCGAGGGAGCAGCCCAGCAUGGGGGACCUCCUCCUGCUUCUGGAGACCUCAGACCUCCAGCAGCUUGAAGAGAUCAGAGGCCUUAUUAAUGAGCAACUCAGCACUGAACGAGGGUCUGUCCUGCUCAACGGGUUGGUGGACUACUUUUUAGAAACAAACUCAUCAGAGGCCAUACAUAUCCUUUGUUCAGUCAGAGAGCCACAUGACAAGCACCUUCUAGACAAGAUGAACGAGUGUAUGACCAAACAGGCCUGUCGGCUGCCCACCCUCACCAUGCUGGGCCACGUCAUCCGCAAGCAGCCAUCCUGGAUCCACAAGAUUGCCCGAUACCCUCUUCUGCUGUCGCUGCUCAAAUGCCUAAAGACUGAUACGGAUGUCGUGGUGUUGAUAACUGGGGUUCUGGUGCUGAUCACACUUCUUCCCAUGAUUCCUCAAGCGGGAAAGCAACACCUGUGGGAGUACUUUGACAUUUUUGGCCGCUUGGCAUCCUGGAACCUAAAAAAUCCUGGGCACAUUUCAGAGGUUUACUUGAUCCACCUUCACGCCAGCGUCUAUUCGCUCUUCCACCGUCUAUAUGGCAUGUACCCUUGCAACUUUGUCUCCUAUCUACGCUCUCACUACAGCAUGAAGGAAAACAUGGAAACAUUUGAGGUGGUGGUCAAGCCGAUGCUUGAACACGUCCGAAUUCACCCUGAACUGGUGACAGGAACCAAGGAUCAUGAGCUGGACCCUACCAGGUGGAAAAAGUACGAAAUCCACGAUAUCGUCAUUGAAUGUGCCAAAGUGUCUCUAGAUCCGAAGGAAGCCUCCUGCGAGGAGGGAUACACCACCAUGCCUGAAAACUUUUGCCCUCAGAUGCAUCUGCGACCACAAGACUGCACUUCCAGCCCCUACACAGAACUCUACAGCAGCCAUGGAAGCUCCUCAUCAACCCCGUUCUCCACUCCACGACAGCCGCUGCCGCCGCCUCUGUCUUUUCCCCCCUUCUCAGGAACACAGUCAACCAACCGUAGCCCCCAGACUACCAAACGACAGAACUCCACCUGUGAACCAAACUCCUCCUAUGGCGGGAAGGACCCACUGUGGAGUCCUUCCUCUUUGUGCGGUAUGGCUACGCCCCCCUCAUCAAGAGGCAUGUCGCCCAAUUUAGAGCUCUCCCAUAGUGCCUCACACCUUCCAAGCCGCUUCCACUGCACUUCAGGAGGGAAAGGAACAUCUGCCUCUAGUACUCCAGCCACCUCAUCACCACCACCCACCCUGUCGGAUGAUUUUCCUAUAAUCUCUUUACCAGCUAACACAGUCCAAUCCAGUCCACCUAGAAAGGAACGCAGACAUGUAGACAGUAGUAAGCCUGCACUGGUGAGACAGGAACCUGUGAAAGACUCGGAAAAAAGUGGAGCCACAAACAGAGAUGCUGCAGAUGCUGCGAAUGUGUCCAUGACUUUGACGGAGCUCUCGGUUUUCAUGAGAAGACAGGAGUUGGAGCUUCAGCUGAGAACGGAAAAGGAAAAAGAAGAUGCUGCUAUCGCAGAGGAGCUGCUCAAAAUCACAGAGGAUAAGCAAGAGCUGUCAGGUCUGCGGGGUUUCGACUCACCUUUCUACCGUACCACUGAGACUCUGACUGGCUGUCAGACACAAGACAAAAUUGUCACAAAUAGCCAAAUUGGAGGGCCCAUAUCCGACACACACAAUGUAGUGUCAACACCAGACAAAGUUGACAACACUGCAAGCACCAGCGAUGUUGGGAGUGAACAAUGUGGGGGAGUUGGAGACAACAGGAGUUUAGUCAUCGGCCUCGAUCAGUCCUGGCCGUUACUGUCAGGUUUCACCCCUAUUGAUCACCACCUGCACCGGAGCCCCUCUGCCCCAGAAGAUGAGGUGGGAAAAUUUGGGAUGCUCUCACCAAGUCCAUGCAACAAGACCCCUGCCCCUGUGCCAUAUGAGGUGUUCUUUGACCUGGCUUUGCCCAGGGCAGCCUCUCUUUAUGUAGGCCAGAAGACAUCUGAGGCUGUGCACAAAGCAGCACUGGAGAGACUCUCAAGACGAGAAGAGGGGUUGGAGGAUGGGGAAGAAGAAGGGGUUAUGACUGCUUCACCACUGGAGGUGCUGGAUCGCCUUGUUCAGCAGGGGAGCGACACCCAUGAUAAAGUCCUAAAGAGAUUACCUUUACCAAGUAAGUCAGCUGACUGGACACACUUUGGAGGUUCAGCUCCAUCUGAUGAGCUUCACACACUGCGGAGCCAGCUGCUCCUGCUGCACAACCAGCUGCUGUAUGAGCGCUACAAGAGAGAGCAACACGCUGUCCGCAAUAGACGCCUCCUGCGACGCAUCAUCAAUGCUACUGCACUCGAAGAGCAGAAUAAUGCCAUGAAAGACCAGCUAAACCUGCAGAAUGUGGACAUCUCGUCCCUGAGGGAGAGUUUGCAAGUGGAGCAGCAGCGCUACAGACAGCUGUGGGAUGACCGAGAGACUGUAGUGACCCGUCUACACACUCAAAUCAGACAGCUACAGCAAGGGCGAGAUGACUACUACACAAAGAACCAAGAGCUCCAUAGCAAGUUACAAGAGUGUCUGAAAAGGAUAGGUGAAUUGGAGGCAGAGCUUCAGGGGUCAAAUAACAGAGUCUGUCAAACUGGGCACCUGCUCAAACAGAUGACCGUCAAGUUAAGCAACAGUGAGAGCACUCAGCAGCAAAUGAGCAUCCUGAACAAACAGCUGCUUCUCCUUGGAGAGGCACAUAAACUGUCCAUGCAGGAACUGCAGUAUGUUGGUGCAGAUAAUACCAAGGAGGCUCGGAUGCUGCAAAUGUCCUACAGGAAGGAGAUGGAAGCCCUGAGACAGAACCUGCUGGUUCAGGGUCAAAAACUUGAGGCAGCACACCAGAGAGCCGCUGAGUUGGAGACCCUCCUCUCCAAGAAGGAACACCUCAUUGCAGAACAGAAGAAGUUUCUUGAAGAUGUCAAAUGUCAAGCAAAGGCAGAGCUGCAGGCCUCAGAUGGCCGGUAUCAGACUCAGAAGAGAAUCACCCAACUACUGCAGACUGAAAUCUUGCAGCUUUACAGCAAAGUGGAGAUGGAGUGUCUAGGAAGUAGUACCUGCCUGCCACCAGGAGUUAAAUCUGACCGACACGUGCCAGCUGACUCUAGCAUCCUAGUGCCAGAUGGGCCAAGUAAAACAUGCAACGAUGAGGAGGGGGACAAAAGACCACCACACGACUCACUUUGCGGCAACGGCAGCACUUUAUCACCAGGGCAACUAAAUGCAAGCAACUCUUCCAAAACCUCUGUCAACGGUAGGAAGGAGUCGGGCCCAUCUUUAAAAGUGGACUCCCCCCUCUCCUGUCCGCACACCAACCUGCUUGCAACUCUGACACCCUCUGAUGCACCACUUACUGUGGGCUCCUACCCCAGUGCCAAGAGUUUCCUUGGCAUGAGAGCACGCGAGCUGUUUCGCAACAAAAGCGAGAGUCAAUGUGGCGGCGGCGAUGAGGAGGAAGAAGAGGAGCAUCUGCAGCCGCCACAUCUCGCCGGCCUUGCACAAAGCCUCAAGACUGAGCUGUGCACAGAGCUGGGCUCCGUUGCCCACCCCACCCCUAGGUUGGCUGCUCCGAUCAUCGUAGCCACCAAGGAUUCCUCCGAGCCCGUGCAGCAGGCCCCGAGUCAGGAAAACUUUCCCAGGAAGAUAGGCCGUAGCUCGUUGGGGACGGGCCGCCCCCGACAGCAACAGCUAAAGAUCAUGGACUACAAUGAAACGCAUCAUGAGCACAGUUAA